AAAUAGUUGUGCUUUUGGGAUACAAUUUCUACAAUGAUAAAGACCUCCUUGCAAAGUUUGAAGAAAUCCAUGGCAAACUAUGGCUCUAUGAAACGAGAUACAGCACAAUGUCAGUUUACCAGAUUGUUCAACGCACCUACUACUGGAGAAGAAUUGCCACAUUCGUUGGGUGGUCACGUUACCGAUGCUGACACUUUAUUACGUCAUAAAGGUUUGGGAGAAGAAGCAGUGUAUUUUAUGAAAGAAGAUGCUCGCAAGUUUGAAAGAUUGGCAAAGCAGCUGCGCAGUGCAUUGAGUACAGCGAAAAUGAUGAACAAAGAAGAACUGAGGUUAGCUAUGGAAAGGAGAGGUAUUCAAGUGUCUGAAGAGGGCUUAGAAGAUUUACUUCGUCUAAAAGAGCAUAUCAAGUUUUCGGAUGUGAGUAGUGGUACUUAACGGAUUGAGAGACAUUUUCAGAUGAGCUGUUAUUUGUUUCUUUUGUAAAUAAAUGAUUGGCUUGUGUAAGUAGCUCUUUUCA